AUGGCUUUACUAACAAGACCUUGUUGUUCCUCAGUACGUCCCAAAUACGUCGUCGUUCGAUGCAAUCAGAGUAGCGAGAACGUGGAAUCAUCGAGAAAGUCGCUUUCGUUCCCUCCAUUGAAAGCGGGAAAGAGAGUGAUUUUGGUUAGGCAUGGACAGAGCACGUGGAACGCCGAAGGAAGGAUCCAAGGUAGUUCUGAUUUCUCUGUUCUUACCAGCAAAGGUAAAUCUCAGGCUGAGAUUUCCCGCCAAAUGCUCGCCGAUGAUAACUUCGACGCUUGUUUUGCAAGUCCUUUGGCACGGUCAAAGAAAACCGCUGAAAUCAUUUGGGGACCUCGCCAACAACCGAUUAUUCACGAGUUUCAUCUUCGAGAAAUUGAUUUGUACUCCUUUCAAGGUCUGUUGAAGAAGGAGGGAAAAGCGAGAUUUGGUUCGGCUUUUCAUCAAUGGCAGGUGGAUCCUGUGAAUUUCAUCAUUGAUGAUCAUUAUCCUGUGAGAGAGUUGUGGGAUCGUGCUAGGAACUGCUGGACUAAAAUUCUAGCUCAUGAUAGCAGGUCUGUUCUUGUCGUUGCGCACAAUGCUGUUAAUCAGGCUCUUGUUGCCACAGCAAUUGGUUUGGAGGCAGAGUACUUCAGAACUUUACUUCAGAGCAACUGUGGUGUAAGUGUGCUGGACUUCACUCCAAGACUGGAGGGAGACUCUCCCCACAUUUGCCUUAAUCGCUUAAACCAGACCCCUGGUUCACCUGUUGCCCGAGGGAAAUCUGGAGGUAGAGAGGCAAGCAAGCAGAUCAUACUUGUUUGUAGUGGAUCUACACAAGGAAAUACAGAGGACGGUUUUAUUUUUUCUGCUGAUCUACCAUUGAACAUGCUUGGUGUUAUUCAGUCUCAGAAAUCUGCAGAGCUACUCCUUGAUUUGAAAGUGAGUUCCAUAGUUAGCAGUCCUAACAAAUCUUGUAUUGAGACAGCCGUGGCCAUUUCCCAGGUACAAGAAGCUGCAGAUUGCUUGGGUGCUGACUCUGUGCCACGCUAUGUUGAGAUGAAGCAGAUGGAGAACCUUAAUAUUAAAACUAUCUUUAAACAAUCCAAAAUGGAUGAAUCGAGUUUCCCUCGAUUUCAGCCUGGAUGGUUAAAUAAAGUCGAAGAUGACUCGAGAACAACAUUAUGGGAUCGAUCUGGAAAAGCCUGGCAAUCCCUGCUCGAUGAAAUAUCUGAUGAAUCUAAGUCAGGAGAAGUUGUAGUUGCAGUCUGUCAUCCUGCGAUUCACAUAGGACUAAUGGCGCACUGCCUUAACUUGACCAAGGAAUGGCUGGGAUCAUUUCAUCUCGAUGCAGGGAGUGUUAGCGUCCUCGACUUCCCCGAUGGACCUAAGGGAAGAGGCGUAAUCAGGUGCAUAAAUUACACUGCCCAUUUGGGGAGAUGGUCCAUCCCUAUUACAAGACCAAAAGAGGAUGUUGAAAAGUUUUAG